AUGGCGCAAACGGGAGCAGUGGAGGAAGGCAACCUUGCGGAGGUGAUCGCCACCAAGGAGAACAAGGCGUCAGAGACUGGUGGUAAACGCAAACACGAGGGAGACGAACCUGAGAGAAGCGGUCGAGCGAAAAAGAAAAGGGGGGGUGGAGGAAAGAAACUUCGUCCAGGUGAAAGAUAUGUUCCCCCUCCCCAGAAGCGGAACCCCGGCGUUAGCUUCAACAAGGAGCAUUUUGAUGAGACGUCUUAUUAUUUCGAGGGGGGCCUCCGCAAAGUGCGCCCCUAUUUCUUCGACUUCAAAGGAUACUGUAAAGGUCGAUGGAUCGGGAAAACUCUUCUCGAGGUUUUCAAAAGUGAAUUUAGGGCCGAGUCCAUAGAUUAUUAUCAGAGCGCUGUCAAAGAGGGCCGCAUCCGACUGAACGAGGCCCCUGUGGAGGACCUUACGUCCGUAACGCUUAGGAACAAUGACCUCAUGAGGAACACAGUACAUCGCCAUGAGCCGCCUGUGGUUGGGACGCCCAUAGAAGUUUUGGUAGACGAUGGUGAGGUGCUGGUGGUCGACAAACCUGCCUCCAUUCCAGUCCACCCCUGUGGUCGUUUCCGCCACAAUACAGUGAUUUUCAUCCUGGGAAAGGAGAGGGGUAUCUCUGGGCUCCAUACCAUCCACAGAUUGGACAGGCUUACUUCUGGAGUGCUGCUGUUUGCCAGAACAUUGGAGAUGUCAAAGAAGCUGGAUCAGUUGGUGAGAGACAGAAAACUCGAGAAGGAAUACGUGUGCAGAGUGGAUGGGGAGUUCCCAGAGGGUGAACUGGUCUGCGAAGAGCCCAUUUUGGUUGUCUCCUUCAAGGUUGGUCUCUGUCGAGUUGACCCCAAGGGAAAGGAAUGCCGGACUGUUUUCCAAAGGCUUAGCUAUAACGGCAGCACCAGUGUAGUCCGCUGCUUGCCCCUGACCGGUCGUACACAUCAGAUUCGAGUCCACCUCCAGUACCUGGGAUUCCCCAUUCUUAAUGAUCCCAUCUAUCGGUCUUCAGCUUGGGGCCCUCACAGAGGCAAGGGGGGUUUGGUGGGGAAGAGUGACGAGGAGGUGCUUAAAGCUCUGGUGGAGGAGCAUCGUUCUAAGGAAAGUCUGCACCUGUUAGAUAUACCUGAAGAUGGACUCUGUGGUGCCUCAAAAAAAUCAAAUGCACAAGGGCAACAGGACAUUAAAUUUGGCUCAAGCAACUCUUUACUUAAUGAGGUGAGUCAGGACACCAGCAGUACAGAGAUAGACCCCACGGCCAACCUUAACAGUGGCUUGCCUACAGAGUCACAAUGUGUUGUACCGACUGAAUUGCACCAGAAUCAGAAAGGGGCUACUAAAUCUCAGCACACCUCUCAGGGGACCAGAGACCACCUGUGCAGUGAAUGUAAGUUAGUACGACCAGACCCCACUGAGAAGGAACUUGUCAUGUACCUGCAUGCAUUGCGCUACAAGGGACCUGACUUUGAAUAUUCCACACGCUUGCCUGAUUGGGCCAAAGAGGACUGGAGUGAGGUUGAAUAG